AUGGAUAACAGUGAUAGACUGUCUGUAGCCCAAAAGCUUGAACAACGCGAGGAGGAGAGAGCAAGGGAGAAGAAGAAGCAACAUCUCCUCAAACAAGAGCGCCAACUCGACCAGAGCGCCUCGCAAAAGAUUGCCGAUACCCUCUUACAAAUCAACUCCCUAUCCAAUGACAUCAUUGAACAGUUGUCACAGGUAGAGAAGUUGAAGGCUCUGCCCAAGGAUCAACUUGAUGCUGUAUUUAGUAACACACAAGAGGGCAUACUCUUGAUCAAACAACUGUUCAAUGAGACAUCAAUAAUGUUGCCACAGUACGAGAUCAAGAAUGUCACAGAGAUCAUUGGCAGACUGGAGAGUAAGCUACUGGAAACAAAGAAUGCUCUGGCACCAAAGCAGAAGUUCUCAUUUGUAAAGAAGGCAAGGAAGACAGAGUCUGACCAACCAGCGACAACAACAACAUCAACUACUACAUCUGCUCAUCAUCAAGAGGAACAUAUAGUUGUUGAUAGUAAACCAACAAUCAAUAUUGAAUCAAUCAGUAAUCUCAAAGGACAAACUAUUCAAUUCCCAUUGGACGCAUUGACAUCAAAUGAUGAUACUCCAGUGAUCAAUGACCUCACUGUUUCAAACUUGGUCGAGUGCAAGCUGAACAUCACCACUACAUUGACAUCUCUGAAAGUGGACAACAUCACUGGACCCUCAACCAUUCACUCCACCAUCGAUAUAGAUGGUUCAAUAUUCAUUGACAAUUGCACCAACACAACAUUCUAUCUCUCUGCCAGGCAGGUCAAUAAGGAUACACAACUGUGA